AUAAGCCAGUUUGGAAAAACAAGGCUUGAAUAUUUGGCAGGACAAGGAGCUACUCCCAAACACAGUUUCUUGCCAGCAAGGAUGUCAAUUUAUCAAAUUGAAAGGGUAUAACCUAGGAGCCUCGGUUAGGUGUACUGGCUCCCUUUCUCGUUUGAUUAGAAUGACAUACACGCUAAUUGAUCUCUUUCCAGUUCAGUCAUCUCCAUGCAGUAAAGAAUUUCAAGCUGCCAUUGUUUAUUUCCUAUGUAUUAUGUCUAAAUAUUUCAUGGUGAAUGAAGAAGAGUGACUAUUUUCAAACUGGAAUGCUUCUUCAGAAGAAACCCAAACUGGAAUGUUUCUUCAGAAGAAACUUCAGAAGUCACCAAAAAGGUGACUCCUCCAUCUUUCUGAUUCUUGGAUCCUAAAGUAUCUUCAGCAAGUGAAGCCCAGUUUCAUAACCGAAGAGGUGACUCCAUCUGUCCUACAGACUUGCAGUGUGAAGCUUGCAAUGGUCUCUCUGUAUGUUAAUUUCUCCAUCUCUAGGAUGGCCUAUGUGGUUCUUACUAACCUCAGAGUGGUAUCAUGAAGCCACUGAAAUGAUACCAGAAGAAAACAAGAGUGAUUAAUCUUCUAGGAUGAUAAAUCUAUAUUUUCUUCAAAUUCUUCAUUUUGCAUAAAAACCUUUUUCAGAAAAGAAUGUUAACAUUGGAUAUAUCUACACCUGAUUUGACAGUUCCAAACUACACCCCAACCACCCACUUCUGAAUGAGAAGAAAAAAAAAUCAGAAGCCUGCAAUUGUGUAACAUGAAAAUCUUUUCUGGACCAGGGCCCAUCACUGUGAUUUGGCAACACAACUGGCACAUCUCUUUUCUCAUCUCUUGAAAAAAACCAACAGAGAAAAAAGUACCUUGAGAAUAAAGGUAAUGAUUAAUCUGUCAGGCACAAAAGGGAUUGUUUUGGGGAUUUCGGGUUCUAAGUCACAGAUUCAAACAAAUAGCAGCGAACAGGGAAUGACAGUUCCACCAGAAGACGAUUAAGCCACAGCCUCUAAUCGGAACGGCAUUUGUACAGUCAGAGACUCUUGCCAGACAUCUCCAGGAAUCUGUGAGCCAUUGUCAAAACGUCCGUUUUCAUCUGGCUGUGAAAGUGAGGACCACAACAAGUAGGUAUUGGUGGAAACAGGAGUCCUCAGAGAAGCCCCAAGAUGCAGCCUGAGGGAGCAGAAAAGGGGAAAAGCUUCAAGCAGAGACUGGUCUUGAAGAGCAGCUUAGCGAAAGAAACCCUCUCUGAGUUCUUGGGCACGUUCAUCUUGAUUGUCCUUGGAUGUGGCUGUGUUGCCCAAGCUAUUCUCAGUCGAGGACGUUUUGGAGGGGUCAUCACUAUCAAUGUUGGAUUUUCAAUGGCAGUUGCAAUGGCCAUUUAUGUGGCUGGCGGUGUCUCUGGUGGUCACGUCAACCCAGCUCUGUCUUUAGCAAUGUGUCUCUUUGGACGGAUGAAAUGGUUCAAAUUGCCAUUUUAUGUGGGAGCCCAGUUCUUGGGAGCCUUUGUGGGGGCUGCAACUGUCUUUGGCAUUUACUAUGAUGGACUUAUGGACUUUGCUGGUGGAAAACUGCUGAUCGUGGGAGAAAAUGCAACAGCACACAUUUUUGCAACAUAUCCAGCUCCGUAUCUAUCUCUGGCGAACGCAUUUGCAGAUCAAGUGGUGGCCACCAUGAUACUCCUCAUAAUCGUCUUUGCCAUUUUUGACUCCAGAAACUUGGGAGCCCCCAGAGGCCUAGAGCCCAUUGCCAUCGGCCUCCUGAUUAUUGUCAUUGCUUCCUCCCUGGGACUGAACAGUGGCUGUGCCAUGAACCCAGCUCGAGACCUGAGUCCCAGACUUUUCACUGCCUUGGCAGGCUGGGGGUUUGAAGUCUUCAGAGCUGGAAACAACUUCUGGUGGAUUCCUGUAGUGGGCCCUUUGGUCGGUGCUGUCAUUGGAGGCCUCAUCUAUGUUCUUGUCAUUGAAAUCCACCAUCCAGAGCCUGACUCAGUCUUUAAGGCAGAACAAUCUGAGGACAAACCAGAGAAAUAUGAACUCAGUGUCAUCAUGUAGUGGCAUGCUCAGCUCUGGAUUUGCAAUCAGUUUGGGAUUCUCUUCAGAAAGAUGGCAUCUAAGUGUCUGUGUUCUUGUAAGCCUGAGGUGGAAUCCACCCAGUUUUGUCUGCUAGCCAUAUGGGACAUCUAAUUGGAAAAGCAUCUGCGUAAAAGUUUGGAAACAAUGACCACUUCUCUACCAUUGUCCCCCACCCCCACCCCCCAGAAUAACGCUGACUGUCCCCUGAAACAGCCUUCUCUCCUGCCCUGUUUAUUUCAUCCUCGAUGGGAAUUCUUGCUAGGUAAGCACUAAUAACUUGGCAUCUUGACGAUAGUCUCAUUUGGGUGGUUUCAGCUGCACUAUCUGUAUGAAAUGGUGUCACCAAAACCCUUUUCUUCAGUAUCGACAAAGAUUACAUUCUGAGUACCAACCAAACCCUAAAUUGAAAGAUAAAACCAUGGUUUCAGUCAACAUAUUCAUGAAUUAGGGAGCUAAUGGGUUAAGCUUCCAGUUCCCGUUGUGCUACUGGAUUUGUAUAAAUACUGAUAUUCUCCAAACCUAGUGGUGUAGGGAGCAAGAGAAUGCAGCUGGAAGGCACAAGGGGAGGACAUUGUGGCAUUCAGAAACUGCAGGAGACAAGAUGAAUUUGAGAAGCCAAAUGGAAUUUUUAAUGGAAACCAUUUAUCAGAUUAAUCUCUUGCUCUCCUGCAUUUUAGAGGACACCAAUUAAUUUCCUGGUCUUUAGUAUAUAAUAACCUAAAAUACAAUUGUAACCUCAGUCACGAAAAAUACAUCACUCUGUCUUUUUAGCUCAAAUGUAUUUUCCUAAUUGCCCACUUGAGAACAGACAUUUGAGAAGUUAUAUCAACGACUGUGCUUGUCCAUUAUUUUACACAUGCCCUAGAAGGCAAAACUGAAAGCCACUGGAUCCUGGUCUAGCUGAAUCUUCAGAGUGGGAGGUCUCCAAAAAGAUAUUACCUUAUUGGGCUUAACAAUUCACAAGGCACUUUCACACACAUUAUCUAAUUUAAUUCUCAUAAUGACUAUCUGAGGCAAAUGCCACAUUGCCCAUUUUUCAGAUAAAGAAACAAAAUCUUAGGGAAGAUAAGUUGAGUUGCCCAAGAGCACACUGAAAGUUGAACGUUAUCUAAUGCAUUCCUCUACCUUUCAGAAGAUCAGUAGCUGGCUGAGAAUCUUUGCCAAAUCUUCCUUGCUAGCCAGAAGUGGAAUUGGCAGCUUCUAGAAUAUGUACACCUCUGGACAAAAUGUUCCUCAAUCUUAAGAUACAAAGACCCUCAUUGUCUGGGUCUAUUCCCACACUUACUGAGUACAGAUGAAGGAAAGUGGUAGCAAUUUAAUCAUAACUUUCAUUUGCUGAAAAACAUUAUGAGAAGGCCUCCCUUCCUAAGCCAUCUCUGGUCUUGCUAAGUCUUGAUCUUGCUUCCUGCCAGCACCAAACAUUACAUUCAGGGGAUUUCCUCUGGCUCAGUCUUUUCCCCUUGAAGUUCUCUAAUAGAUGUUACUUUUGACAAAAGAUCGCCUAUGAGUUACAAGCACCAGGGGAUGCUCUACAUCAAGGGAUGCACCUUCAGUCAAACUGUCAAAAAGCCCAGAAUUCCCAAAGGCAUUCAGUUUCCUAACUGCUUUGUGCUGAUAACAGAACAGCAGAAAUUAAAUGUGAAAUGUUUCUGAUGACUUAUGUUCUAUAAUCUAUGGACGUAUGGGAUUUUUUUUUUCUUGCUUUGAAGCUACCUGGAUAUUUCCUAUUUGAAAUAAAAUUGUUCGGUCAUUGUUG